GAGAGAGAGAGAGAGAGAGAAACGGUGAUUAAAAAUAGCUACGUGUCGAGUGAGGGCGGUGUAAGAGGGUAGUGGAGGUUAAGGGAACGAUUAAAGUUAGAGAGAAAAAGGGAGAUGAGAUUAUCCCCACGUGGCGAUUGUUACUCUCCCGCUCUCUCGCCGAGGAAAUUAACGAUUCCUGGAUUACCGCUGCCACAGCGCCGGAUAUUGGUGAACGACGGGCACGAACCACUCGGGGCCCCCAUAGAGAGGGCCCCCAACCGGAAGAGGCCGCCGCAAGGCGGUCAAUCCAUC